AUGCCUUCACCAGCGCACCAGUCUCCCCAAUUACAGUCAUGGACUCGCAAACGAAGGGCACCUAGCGGAGUUGCUCGCGAGGAUUCGGACGACGAACUAGGCGAAGAUGACUUGCCCUGGGAAUGGAUCUAUGAAGCCCACCCUGUUGCCGUCGAGCAGGACAGCCAAGAGAACGACAGCGAGACCGAGACCGGCAAUCGCAAGCGGAGAAGGGUUACCGAUGGCAGCAGCAAAAUCAUUGGCGCUCGGAUGGGCAAGUUUGAGUGUCGCGUAGGGGAUUGUGUCCUGCUCAAGGCAGAGGGAUCGAAUGAGGCCUGGGUCGGCCUCAUCUGUGAAUUUAUCAACGAUGACGGCGAGGGCAAUGAAGCUGCGAAUUUCAUGUGGUUUUCUACGGAGAGAGAGAUCCGGAACAAGAAUAAGAAGCGCACCGACUUUUGCUCCAACGAGCUCUACAUCACUCCAUCCUGGGACGUCAAUCCUUUGGCUUCGAUCAACGGCAAGGCCAAGAUAAUGUCUCUGGACGCAUUUCACAAUAAAUAUCCUUCUGGCAAGGUCCCACAUCAGUCCCCCGACUAUGGAAAGGUCUUCGUUUGUCGCCGGGGCUGCAACACCCGAGCAGCGCUGUAUACCGAUGAAUUCAUAUGGGAGGAGUUGGUUCCUGCGGGCGAUAGCGUCUUCGCUUUGAUCGACUUUGUCAAGAACGGAACCAAGGUUACGCGACAACGGCGCCGAGCUAGGAGCAUCUCGCCAGCCGACGAUGCCUAUUAUCCCCCGCAAACCCCAACAAAGACAGGCAGAGGAACAGGGGCGGCAACACCACAAUCAAAACGAACGAGCGCUACUCCUGGAUCUCGCGCCAGGGGAACGGGCAAAAAGUUGGAAUUCACACCUCUCAGCACCCGCAAGAUCGAUCCAACCGUUGCAGGUUCCUCCCCUUUUCAGAUCGCUCGCUCCCGCUUGCAUGUCUCAUCGAUCCCUUCAAGUCUGCCUUGCCGAGAAGGCGAGUUCUCGUUGGUCUACUCACACCUGGAGGCUGCAAUCACAGAUGGGGCAGGUAAUUGUAUCUACAUAUCCGGCACCCCAGGCACAGGUAAAACUGCUACAGUACGAGAAGUUAUCGGGCGUCUUGAAGAAGCCGUUGGCUCAGAUGAACUGGACGACUUCAUAUUUGUUGAAAUUAAUGGCAUGAAAAUCACCGACCCCCAUCACUCUUACACACUGCUCUGGGAGGCCCUCAAAGGCCAAAGAGCCAGCCCAGCCCAAGCUCUGGACUUGCUCGAGCGAGAAUUCCGAAAUCCAAGCCCUAGACGGACCCCAUGUGUCGUUCUUAUGGAUGAGCUUGAUCAGCUAGUCACCAAGAACCAGGCCGUCAUGUACAACUUCUUUAACUGGCCGACACUCCGUCAUAGCCGACUGAUCGUUCUGGCGGUUGCCAACACUAUGGAUCUCCCAGAACGAACUCUCAGCAACAAGAUCAGCAGUCGACUGGGUUUAACUCGAAUUACAUUCCCUGGAUAUAACCAUGAGCAGCUUAUGAAAAUUAUACAAUCACGUCUUGAGGGAGUUCCAGGAAACAUCGUGGAUCCAGAUGCAGUUCAAUUCGCCAGCCGUAAAGUCGCCGCUGUCAGUGGAGAUGCUCGAAGAGCGCUGGAUAUCUGUCGCCGAGCCGUGGAGCUCGCAGAGGGUGACUUUCAAGGCGACCCAAACACUCCUAGCAAGACAGGGCGAAACGAUGCAGCUCAAUCCAAACGCGGCCGCGUUACCAUUGGCACCAUCAAGAAGGCUAUCAACGAAGCCACCACCAACCCUAUCCAACAGCACCUUAAGAGCCUUCCGCUCGUGUCGAAGCUCUUAAUGGCGGCGAUAUUACUCCGGAUCCGGCGGACAGGCCUGGCAGAAACGACUUUCGGGGAGACGCUUGAUGAACUUCACCGUGCCAAUCUGCGGGCGCCGACCUCAAAUGCCGGACUGGCUCAGAUUCUACCUGCCAGCACCAAGGGAUCCCACGUUGGCAGUCAGAACUUGGGCCGCCCGGCCCACAUACAUACUGCGGCCCUUGAGCUUGUGGCUGCCGGGCUUAUCAAUCUCGAGGCACAACGUGCGGAACGAUCCAGCCGCCUGAGGCUUGCGAUAGCUGAUGAUGAGGUGAAGAUGGCCUUGCGCGACGAUGCCGAGCUAAGGCUGCUUGGAAUUGGUGUAUAA